AUGCCCUCGAAAGUCAAAAAGUCCCCGGGAAGUUCCCCGGAGAAGAUCAUCAGGAUCACGGUGGUGGGGGACGGGGAUAUCGGGAAAACUUGCCUCCUGAUCGUCUACAAGGACAAGAAGUUCGACGAUCGUUACAUACCGACCAUUUUCGACGAGUACUCGAUGACGAUUCCUAUAAACUACGAGCCCUACACCAUCAUUUUGUCGGAUACGGCCGGUCAGGAGGAGUUCGACAAACUGAGAAGGAUGGCCUACAAAUAUGCAGACGCUUUUCUUUUAUGUUACUCGAUAGCGGAACGCAGCUCCUUCGAGAAUAUCGCGCUCACUUGGGCCCCCGAGUUGAAGAGGUGCCGGGGGUCAGCUAAAAUCGUCCUGGAAAUAUACGAGGUGUUUUAUAAAGUACACCAUUUACAAGUAAAAUAA